AUCAAGGUAACUCCCCGGAAUGGGCCGGCCGAUUCACCAGGAGCACUCUGCUAUUGGGACUCGUGGAGUCGCCACAAUAAUUUGGAGAAAGGCCAGUGUUAGCUGCACAUUCUCACAAUUUGAUGCUGAUGGUCACUGAGUGAGCAGAGAGACCGAGCCACGGGAGUGUCUGGGAGAGGGACUGAGCCUCUGGGGUAUCUGGGGUUUCACCUUUCCUUCGGUCCCGGCAUGUCCCCGCUUCUCCCGCUCUGGUGCCUACUGCAGGUGCUGGUCGUGCCCAGAGCUACCGCCUUCCACUAUCCGUUCGCAGGCUCCCCGCUCCAGCUCGGCUCCCCGGAGCAGGCGGCGGGACAACCGGCCAGCGCCGCCAACAGCCGCCGGAAUUGGUGCCUGUACACUGUCUCCAAGAUUGUGUCUUGCCAAGUACAGAAUGGAUCGCAGACCCUGGUGCAGCGUGUUUACCAGAGCUGUCACUGGCCUGCACAUUGCUCCAGUUUGGUAAGUUACAGAACUAUCAUCAGACCCACAUACAAGCUGGCUUACAAGAAUGUUACUGCUUUGGAAUGGAGGUGUUGCCCUGGAUUCAUGGGAGGCAGCUGUCAGGAAGAAAUCAACAGUGUCAGAUUAUUGGUUGCUGUCCGUGGAAUGUCAGAGUAG